UGUAUCCAAAAUUAUCCAUGCUUUUUCUACGGCUCAACUCAUCUGUCAGGCAGAGGUGAAUAUGGCAGACAUAUCAGAGAGGACGUUACAAGUUGCAAUCGCGAUUUCCUUCGCGGUCGGAUUCGCAUCGGGCUGGCAAGCAAACCGAAUGAGACGACAGUUUCUCGAUUGGAGAAAGAAGCGUCUACAGGCGAAACUCACAGAAACACAGAAGAAAUUGGAUCUGGCCUGAAUGGUUCGGGAAGCCUGCUCUUAUGUAUGCUUGUAAACACCGUGAAGAUACUUCUCCUUGGAGAUGUUCCACCGCUGGCCCUGUGGAUCUUGGGAUGAGUGGACUGACGUUCUAACGUGUGGGGAAUUGGUUUAUCAUUCACUAUUCCUGACAUCGACUUUGAAUAUGAAUGGACAACCUUUUCUACCCUCAAGUAUCUUGAAGGUGGAGGGAUCUUUGUCUGAGCAUUUUGUGUUCUAUCCGAGCCAUUGUCUGACAUUAGCUUAAUAGAAUAGUGAUUUCUGUAACGUAAUACACAUGCAAUAUGCCAAAAAUAAAUGCAUUUUUACAA